CCAGUUGCUCAAGACGCUUCCUUCCCUACCGCCAGCGCCAGUUCCUCUCCCGGUGGGGCCCUUGGAAGGCCAACGAACGCUAGCCAUCGGAGCCACCCGGGCGGCAGCUGGAAGAUCAUGGCCCAGCCCCAAGGAGACGCGAACCCGCUGCCCAAGACCUCGGAAGAGCCAGCCAAGUUGAACGCGCCCAGAGCCGUGCGGAUCCGCUCCUACAGAACGGACGUCUGUAGCCUUGGCAGGUACAAGGGCCAAGCCGUCGCGGACAGUGCUACCCUGUCCCGGGAGCCAAUCUUCCACAGCACCCUGUCGGUGAGCGGAGCGAGUGGGACGCGCCGGCGAGGGGCACUACGGGAGCUGCUGGGGCUGCAGGGGGCGGCUCCCACCGGGUGUCUGUCGGAGGAGCGCUUGGAGCCGGCCUCGCCUGGGUCCCGCCGCUCGAGCGGACAGGGCAGCAGCCGAGUGUGCCUAGAGCCGAGGGAGCACGCGUGGAUUCUGGCAGCCGCGGAGGGCCGUUUUGAGGUGCUGUUGGAGUUGCUGGAGGCUGAGCCCAGCUUGCUGAUGCAGGACGACCCGAUCACGGGCUACAGCGUGCUGCACUGGCUGGCAAAGCACGGGCGCCACGAGGAGCUCAUUUGGUUGCAUGACUUUGCCCAGCGUCGGGGACUGCCACUUGAUGUGAGCGCCCCAGGCAGCGGUGGCCUCACACCGCUCCACCUGGCUGCUCUGCAGGGCCACGAUAUGGUCAUCAAGGUGCUGGUGGGAGCUCUGGGGGCUGACCCCACGCGUCGCGAUCACAGUGGCCACCGGCCUUGUCACUAUCUGCGGCCCGGUGCUUCUUGGAGCUUGAGGGAGCUGUCCGGAGCAGAAGAAUGGGAGAUGGCACGCGACAAAGAGCACGACAACGCCAACAACAACAGCACCACCAGCACUGGGUGGUCACUGAGACACACUCCAAGUGCAUCGCGCUCCAAGUCCAUAGGGACACACUGCAAAGAGAUGGCUCAGCCAGCCAAAGAGAAGAAGGCACCAGGCAAUCAGAGAGGACAGAGCAAUGGCUUUCUGCGCCAUCUGUUCCCCUUCAUCCAGUACCGUUGAAGUGGACCAGAGAGCUCAUUCUUGGGUUGUUCCUGACCCCACUCAAGUAGAUGCUCCUCCAACACAGCUUGGGCCUGUAAUGGGCAGACCACGUCUGGGCCCCCAGCCCUGUCCCAGGUCUUCUGCCACUAGCUAACUGUCAGAAGAAUCCAUCUAGAAGGAGAGCCGAGAACCAGGCCGGCCUUGAUGCCCAGUCCCAACGCUACAGGACUUAGACGUUUGGAGCAAGGAUCGUGAUCCUCCUUGGA